GUCCCAGUCCAGCCCUGCAAUACACCACAAUAUAAGGAAUUGCCAAACAAACAAAACCUAAGGCGAAGUGAUUAAACUCACCGCUCGACUCUCAGUCAUCAGUUUUACGUCAUUCAAUUAGUACGGAAAGGUGUGUUAACCUUCACGUUGUCAGGUCGGUCAGAUAGCUUAGCCUAGCAUAGCCCUUACAACAGAAACAAGAGGACGCGUCACGGGGUGCGGUAGCAGACUGAGAUCGUUCAAUGUGAGGCUAGUGAGCCGAUCUCAUGGAGGUGAAAUCACUGGAGCAGGCGGAAGCGCAGGUGGAGCGUCUGCUGGGCGGCCUGGGGUGCGAGGUGACGGAAUGCGACGUCGGCCUGGAGCAGAGCAAGCCGGCGUCCCUUAGGAACAACGUCACGUACAUCGUGUGUGGUGUCAUCUUCAAUGACAAGGAUGAAGUUCUGAUGGUCCAAGAGGCCAAGCAGGAUUGUUACAAGAAGUGGUACCUGCCGGCAGGGAGGGUGGAGGUGGGUGAGAGUCUGCAAGAGGCACUACUGAGGGAGGUGAAAGAGGAGGCAGGUUUUGAGUGCCAGCCAAUCACAUUGCUGCUAAUUCAGGAGCAGGGACCUCAGUGGAUCCGCUUCAUCUUCCUGGCCAAGAUCACAGGUGGGAGUAUCAAGACGACGUUGUCGGCGGAUCAGGACUCUCUCCAGGCAGCCUGGUGGGACCGGCGGUCUCCCCUCCCUCUGAGGGGGCGAGACAUCCUACGCCUCAUCGACUUUGGGAUCAAGUACCGUGGGGAAGCGUGGCACCCCGCCAUACUGCCGCUGAACGAGAGCUGCCGCCAUGUGGUCCAGAGGCUGGUGUUGAUCUUCCGCGAAGAUCAGAAUAUCUGGAUCCUGUUGGUCAAAGGCCCCAGUCCCCACAUACCCACGGCAGCAGCUCUGAAGACUCACGCCGUCACGUGGGCGGCAAACAUGGUGGUGCAGGACGCCAUGCCGUCCGCGUACUACGACCACAAUGUCAACACCCUGGGCGUGUUGAGUCUGCAGCAUGACGGACGGCAACAAGGAAAAACGGACGGCGUGUGCUUCAACACGCUGGUGGCCUUGCAGCCCGACCGUGCGGAGCGUGACGAGGACGGCCUACGGCUCCCGCCGCGACCUGCACAGGGGCCGCCGCCCGUUGAGAACCCACGCUACGUCUGGCACCGAGUUCUCACGCCGGGCCUCAGAGAAAAAUUGUUGGAAAAGACUCAAAACACAAGCAUCCUGCCCAUGCACAGCCUCUACUAAGGAUGCAGAACUUUUAAUGUGGAAGGAGACCUGUCAAGUAGCCAUCCUUCAUUAUGAAACUCUUAGGACGUAUUUAUACCUGCCCUGGUUGGUUCGGAUGCAACCCAAAAAGUUGGUGGUGCACACCUUUUGUGAAUAUGCAAGUAAUUAAAUGAACCAAUAUCAUGAGAAUUUGUAGGAAAGAAUACUGUCGUAAAAUAUUAUAUAACGACAAAAACAAUAUUAAAGGAAUAUGAGAUAUAUCAAUUGGUAUAAUAAAAAAAUGGUUCUAAACAACAGAGCUAUCCUCAAAUCUUUGUUGAAAACGAUAUGAAGAGGGAUAAUAAUGGAUGACAUCGUGAACGCCUUCAACGUGCAAAAGAAAUUCCAGAUGCAGAUGUUUUCUUUGGAGGCCUCAUUUUUUCUGGGCCUUGGCACAGGUCUCCAACCAUUUGUUCAGCAGGGCCUAGAACGAA